CAUUUGGAACCAUAACUCUCUCUCCUCUUUGCCGGUUUCACUUUUGCUUUUAACCCCUCUUCUUCACGUUACUCUUUUCUCAUUUCCCCUGCUUUUUCCCCUUCUACCCUUCUCUCUUCUUCCGUUAUUCAUCCCCAAAUCGAAAUUGGGGUUGCAGGGUUUACGAUUUCGCGACCUGGGUUUGCUUUUUCUUAGCUCUUCAAACGAUGGCGCAGAAAUCUCUGAUCUACACUUUUGUCUCUCGCGGAACCGUGAUUCUCGCUGAGUACACCGAGUAUAGUGGGAAUUUCAAUUCCAUUGCUUUUCAAUGCCUCCAGAAAUUGCCCUCUGCUAAUAACAAAUUCACCUACAAUUGCGAUGGCCACACCUUCAAUUAUCUCGUCGACAACGGUUACACAUACUGUGUCGUUGCAACUGAAUCAGCUGGAAGACAAGUGCCAAUUGCAUUUUUGGAGCGUAUUAAGGAUGAUUUCGUGUCGAAGUAUGGUGGGGGAAAGGCUGCCACAGCUCCUGCCAAUAGUCUUAACAAGGAAUUUAGGUCAAAGCUGAAGGAACAUAUGCAGUACUGUGUUGAUAAUCCUGAAGAGAUCAGCAAGCUUGCAAAGGUGAAGGCUCAAGUUUCAGAAGUGAAAGGUGUUAUGAUGGAAAAUAUUGAAAAGGUUCUUGACAGAGGAGAGAAGAUAGAACUUCUAGUGGAUAAGACCGAAAACCUUCAUAACCAGGCACAAGACUUCAAGACGAGUGGAACGAAAAUUCGAAGGAAAAUGUGGCUACAAAAUAUGAAGAUCAAGUUGAUCGUUUUGGGGAUUUUGAUAGCUUUGAUCCUUAUCAUAGUGCUUUCAGUUUGCCAUGGCUUCAACUGUGGUGGAAAAUGAAGACUGAAAUCUUUUGGCAUCAUCAUAUUUUGAGAGCGAGAGAGGUAAUAUACAUGAUUUGGCUAUAUGUAUGUAGUAAACGUCAAACAAAGUCCAGUAUAUCUGUUUUGUUAAAAUCCAAAUUUAAACGUGAAUGAUGAGAUAUCCUAUAAUAUUGAAUACUUUCUCU